AUGGAGUCUUCACAAGGACACGGAGACGAUGAAGCUAGGAGGGAAACACUUGCAGGUGCAGGAUCCUGUCAGUUUUGUCAUCUAACAGUUGGAGUGGCUAUUGCUAUAGCAGCAUUAACCCUGAUCGUAGGACUCCUAUUGUCCUUCAUUUUAUUUGUCAUAUUGACAGCAGCACCAGAAGCAAGUCAGACAACAAGGCAGGAACUGCUGGAGCAACUGCAGCAGUGCCAGAAACAGCAGCGUGACGUGAACCUGAUGCUUCACGCUGUCACUCAAGACUCAAGGUGCAGUUUGUGCCCUGAAAAGUGGCUGUGGUGGAUGGGACGUUGCUACUUCUUCUCAGUUGGACUGCAGGAAAAUCGCCAAUGGAAUGAGAGCGCCGAGUUCUGCCGGCAGCACAACAGCAGCCUGGUUGUAAUCGAAGACUCUGCAGAGAUGGAUUUCAUCCAAGGAGUGAUGACGAAGUUCUCCCAGAUUCCUUUCCUGUGGGUGGGACUGACAGAUGCCAAGCAGGAGGGUCAGUGGCUGUGGGGCGAUGGGAGGGCAGUCCAGCACUACAUGCAGGUGAUGGUGGAGUGGGAUGCUGAUCACAGGGACUGCGCAGACCUGAGGGGAGGCGCGAGUCUGUUCGCCGCUGACUGUGAAGAGUACGGGCCGUGGGCUUGUAAGAAGGAGUACUGACACGCAAUUACAAUUUAUUUUACACACAGUUUACUUACAAUGUCAAUUUGGCAUGAACAAAAGAUAAACAAAAAGCUGUUUAUAACUCUAAAAUCUAUGAAUCUUAGGAAAAGAAGACAAAAGGGAUAGGAAUACAAGACGUUAAGUCAGCCAUAUAAAACAUUUAUUGCCAUCUGAAAGUGCAUUAUAAAGUGCAUUCAUGUACGAAGAGGCAAAAUGUCGAAAAAAUAAGCAACAAUGUUGUUGCCUUCAGUUUUGGACAGAGUUAGCUUAUUCUUUAA